AUGGUCUUAUGCAAUGUCAAAAUUACUCCUUCGUUUUUAAAAGAUAUUUGACAGCGAAACAGCAAAAGGAGUUCAGAAAUCUGAGUUGAAAACUGUAGUAAUCAAAUAUUCCCAGCUAUUUGAGACUGUCAUAAAGAAGUGCGCUUUCAACUGUUUAGCUGUAAUAUAAUUUAUUUUCUGUCCAAUACUCUUCCACAACUUUCAAAACCAAGCACUAGACUAUUCUCGUCGCUGUUCUCCAAGAAAACACACUCACUGAUGAUGUAAGCGCACUCACUAUAGUUCAUUGGUGGAGGAGAAGUCAUACAUACUGAUUACAUGGACGUCACUCUUGGUCUUAGCGUGAGAAACGUUUUCUUUCAGAUCCGCAUUUCGGUCGCCCUUUCAACAAGGCUUGUAUAACCUAUACGUUUCAGCACCUCUAAGGAUUUGUAUACUGUGACUUCACGACGAUGUCUACGUUCAUGUUUUGGAGAGGGUGCGUUGCAUUUUUCAUUUUGCUUUCUGCCAUCAUGAACACUGUAUUCACAGUCACUCACUAUUCUGUCCCCGAAGAAAUGGAGGAAGGCUCUGUUGUUGCUAAUUUAGCAACUGACCUGGGACUAGACGUGAAGACACUAAAGGGAAGGAAAAUGCGCAUUGACGUUGUCGGUAACAAAAAAUAUCUUGACAUCAACAAAGACACAGGAGAGCUGUUUAUUUCGGAAAGGAUUGACCGAGAGUUUUUAUGCCCUUUAAAGACAACAACGUCGUGCUUUUUAAGAUUGGACGCUACCAUUGAGAAUCCAAUUCGAAUGUUUAACAUAGAAGUAGAAAUCACGGAUAUUAAUGAUAACGCUCCUCAUUUCCGAAGAGGGACGAUGCAUCUGGACAUUUCUGAGUCAAGCCCUGUUGGUGAGAGAUUCUCACUGAAUAAUGCUGCGGACCCGGAUGUUGGAACGAAUUCUGUAAAAAACUACCACCUGAGCGCGAGUGAACAUUUCUCCAUUGAGAUUCAGACAGGACGAGACGGGACAAAGUUUGCGGAUCUGAUUCUGAAAAAAGCUUUAGAUAGAGAGCAGCAGGCUGUUCAUAAUCUAAUGCUCACUGCUGUGGACGGUGGAGUCCCCACGCGCACAGGUACAGCCAGCAUCAUUGUUCGCGUGCUUGAUGUGAACGACAACGCCCCUUCAUUUGACAAAGACAAAUAUGUAGUAGAAGUGAUGGAAAACUCCCCAAUUGGCAGUCUAGUUAUGAAAGUAAACGCAACUGAUUUUGAUGAGGGUUCUAACUCUGAUAUAAUGUAUUCAUACAGUUUGUAUACAUCAGAGAGAACACAGCAGGUGUUUAACCUGAAUUCAGAAAAUGGUGAAAUCAGAGUGAAAGAGAUGAUAAAUUAUGAAGACUUUAAAAUUUAUGAAAUGGAGGUUAUUGCCAGUGACAAGGGACCUAACUCAUUAUCUGGACAGUGUAAACUGACAAUACAUGUGACAGAUAUGAAUGACAACCAUCCAGAAAUAUCCAUCAAAUCAUUUCAGAGUCCGAUCAAAGAAAAUGAACCAAUAGACACAGUGAUAGCUGUAGUUAGUGUCAGUGAUAAAGACUCAGGUGACAAUGGGGUGGUUGAUCUUCAUAUUCCUGAUAAUAUGCCUUUCAAACUGAGGGAGUCCUCUGAUAACUAUUAUGAAUUAGUGGUGUCAGAGCCGUUAGACCGUGAGAAGGUCCCAGAAUAUGACAUCACUUUCACUGUGACAGACAGAGGUUCUCCUCCUUUAUCUGACAAUGAAACUAUGACGUUAGAGCUGCUGGAUGUCAAUGACAAUGUGCCUCAGUUCUCUCAGUCAUUUUACACGAUACGUGUGAUGGAGAAUAACGCACCUGGGGCCCUGCUCAGCUCCCUCACUGCGUUUGACCCUGACCUCCAUGAAAACCAGUAUCUAGUUUAUUUCAUCCUGGAGAAGGAGAUAGCCAACACCUCCAUGUCCAUGCUGUUCUCCAUCAACCCAGAGAACGGCAAUCUUUACGCACUGAAAACUUUUGACUAUGAGAUUGAGAAGGACUUUCUUUUCCACAUUGAGGCCAGAGACUCUGGCUCUCCUCCACUCAGCAGUAACGUCACGGUCCACAUCAUCAUUGUGGACCAGAACGACAACGCUCCGGUCAUUGUGUCUCCGUGGCGCGCGCAUGGCUCGGUGGUGGAGGAAAAGAUCCCCAGGUCCACAGAUAAAGGCUCUUUGGUAGCCAAAGUGAUAGCCUUAGAUACAGACUCGGUGCACAACUCUCGGAUUACCUACCAGUUUCUACAGGUGACUGACGCCACCUUGUUCAGUCUGGACCAGUACAACGGAGAGAUCCGGACAAUGAGGAUGUUCAGCUACAGAGAUCCGCGCUACCAGAGACUGGUUGUUAUUGCUAAAGACAACGGAGAGCCCGCUCUGUCUGCUACAGUCACCAUCAAGCUGUCCACAAUGGAGACUGCAGUUAAGGCCUUCUCUGACAUGACUGAGGUGCCUCUCGAGUACGACAUCUUCUCAGACCUGAACCUGUAUUUGGUCAUCGGUCUGAGCUCGGUGUCAUUUCUCCUGCUCAUCACCAUAUUGGUCACCAUCGUGCUCAAGUGUCAGAAAGUCAAGCCCAGCAAAGCUGCUGCUCCCUGCAGGAACAGUGUGAUCAGUGAGAGGAACUCCACCAUCGCAGACUCCACUCUGGUCUCCAACGAUGCUUACUGGUACAGUCUGUUUCUAGCAGAGACCAGGAAAGGAAAGCUGGUGGUCAGACAGCCUGUGCCAAAGGGUUCCAGAUACAUCGUGUCCAGUUUACCAAGAGGAACAGGACUGACAGACACGAGUGACUCAGCAGCCUCCACUCUGCAGGUAUGGGAAAAACUAUCUAAUAAACGUUCUUCACAUGGUCCCACGAGAUGA